UUUUUGGCCCCUUCUCUCUCAGCCUCGGACGCGGGGGAGGCUCGCCAGAUCUGCUGACUGGGAACCGAUAUGGCAGCGACUCUGGGCAGCGGGGAGCGUUGGACGGAAGCUUACAUCGAUGCAGUUAGAAGAAACAAAUACCCAGAAGACAGACCUCCUGAAAGCCAUGACCCCUGUGGUUGCUGUAACUGCAUGAAGGCACAAAAGGAAAAGAAGUCUGAGAAUGAGUGGAAUCAGACCUGGCAGGGUGAAGGGAACACCACUUAUACUGAAGAGCAGCUGCUUGGGGUACAAAGAAUCAAGAAAUGCAGAAAUUACUAUGAAAUUCUGGGAGUUUCACGAAAUGCCAGUGAUGAAGAACUUAAGAAAGCUUACCGAAAACUUGCCCUGAAAUUUCAUCCUGACAAGAACUGUGCUCCUGGAGCAACAGAUGCUUUCAAAGCGAUAGGAAAUGCCUUUGCAGUUCUGAGCAAUCCUGAUAAGAGACUCCGCUAUGAUGAGUAUGGAGAUGAACAGGUGACUUUCACUGCUCCUCGAGCCAGACCUUAUAAUUAUUAUAGGGACUUCGAGGCUGACAUCACUCCAGAAGAGCUAUUCAAUGUCUUCUUUGGAGGACAUUUUCCUACUGGAAAUAUUCAUAUGUUUUCAAACGUGACAGAUGACACCCACUAUUACCGCCGGCGGCACCGACAUGAGAGGACACAGACACGGAAGGAAGAGGAAGAAGAUAAACCUCAGACUACAUAUUCUGCAUUUAUUCAGUUACUUCCAGUUCUGGUGAUUGUGAUUAUAUCUGUCAUUACUCAGCUGCUAGCUGCUAAUCCCCCAUAUAGUCUAUUCUAUAAAUCGACCUUGGGCUACACCAUUUCUAGAGAAACCCAGAACCUACAGGUGCCUUACUUUGUGGAUAAAAACUUUGACAAGGCCUACAGAGGAGCAUCUCUGCGUGACCUGGAGAAGACGAUAGAGAAGGAUUACAUUGAUUACAUCCAGACCACUUGUUGGAAGGAAAAACAACAAAAGUCGGAGUUGACCAAUUUGGCAGGAUUAUACAGAGAUGAACGAUUGAAACAGAAAGCAGAGUCGCUGAAACUUGAAAACUGUGAAAAACUUUCCAAACUUAUUGGCCUACGCAGAGGUGGCUGAGAGGAUGCUUGUCCUACGCAGGCUCGGGGUUUUGCUACUUGUUACUGUUUAUGUUCCUAAUUCCAUUUUAUAACACAAAAUUAGGAAAUGAUGAACAUUUUACAAUUUGCUAGCUUUGUUUGGUGGGCAGAGUUGGAGGCGCUUCAGCAUGGAGCCAGACUUAUCAUCACAGAAUCCUUCCUGGGGAUUGGCUCCAGGGGCCAGGAACAGUCCAUCUAAGCUGAUUGAACGGCAGAGCGUUAGAUUCAGCCCCCUGCUCCACUCCUACCCUGACUCUGGGAACAUAGUUCAGGGCACCCCAGAGCAGAUUCAUGUUUUCUUCCUUCUUCAGUGAAGUCUCAAUAACCAGUCAUUCCUAGGCUUAGCCAAAGCAGCUUCAUAUUGGUGGUUUAACAUGUGCACCAAGAAUUAUACCUCUCACUUCAUCAGAGUCAUCAUCUCCCCCCAGGAUUCAGCCAUUGGAACAUGCUCCCAACUCGGCUUUCUAUUUUCUGAGGGGAAUGUGGAGAAAUGUAAACUGUUGUAGUCCACAGUUUUCUAUUUGCCUAAUCUCUGUUCAGCAUUACUAGCAUUAGCAAACAGCCUGAUUUGAGUUUCUUUUACUUCCUUAAUACUCCCUCUUGUAAAGGGUACAGAAAUUAAGAGCUAUUGAGUGAAACAGUUCAAUGGACACAUGGAAGCAGGGGCCAGGGUUAAAGGUAAAAUGCAAGGCUGACUCUCAUCUGAUCAGUGCAGUUUCCCUAGUCCAUCAUAGAACCCAGAGAAUGUUCUUUUUGUCAUUUCCCUUUGCAGCAUCACACACGGGCUGAGUCCCUUCACCCCACGGAGGUACGGUGGUCAGACCUAAGAGGAGGCAUUGCCAGCUAGCUGGGCUGUUUGCUCAAGCCUCAAGGUAGAGGGGAAAGACUUUCUGUGGUUCUGGGGGUCUGGCCUUGGCCCCAGCAGUCACUUUGUUUAACCAGUUCCCUGUAGUUUGUGAUAUGAGAUGCUUUUUCAUGUAGUCAACAUUUGUUGAGUGCCUGCUAUGGAAUGAGAACAUUGGUCCAGAGAGAAUGCAUGGUUGACUUGAGUCAUACAAUUGGUUGUGGCAAAGCUAGAUGGUAGGCUGAUUAUCAAGUAGGAAGUGUGUGGUCAUUCCCAUUUCUCAGGUAAUUCUAGCCAUGUUGGUAAAGCACAAUCUCCCAAGGAUGCCCCUCCCCACCACCAGACCCAGCAUCCUUUCUGUGGCAGUCCUGCAUCCACUCGGGACACCUCUCUACACCAAUUCUGUACACAGAACAAAAGCAGGCAGCUCUUCCCACUGGUGACAAGGAAGAGGUAAGUUGUUACCUGGACUAUGUGGUUCUGGGCCUUGCUGUGGAGUUGAGCUACCAGGAUUGAGCUGCCCAGAUUUUAUCAUGAAUCUGAACCUGGAAGGGUCAGUAUGUGACUCUAGUCUACAUUCUGUGUUUUCUUCAGGAUAGAAGAAAAGUUCCUGUUGGAAGGAGAGUCUACAUUAAAACUAAUUUCCAAAGUAGAGAUUUUUCUUUCAGAUGCAUAGCCAUGAUUUAGGCAGACAUGUCUAGCAUGGCUCAACGUGUGGGCAUCCUACAGGGUCAGGAGAUGGGUUCAGAGGUGAAGAGUGGGGCUUUGGUGGCUGGUAGGGGAUACCUGCUCAGCUGUAGGGAGGGAGAGCAGUUCCAGAGAUGGCCAGAUUUCAUCACCCAGCUGGGUCUAUCCUAGUUUGGGGUGGGGGAGCUUCCUUGAUCCCCUCUGAGUAACCAAGGGGAUUUACACUGUAAAGUGUACCUGUGAGCCAAAUAGGCUGUGAAAGUUGUUUUCCCAUACACAGGGAAAUCAAAGCUCUCCUCUCCCCAACCCCAACCUCUGCUAGAAAAUGGGCCAUAAUUAAACUGAUUUGACAGGUUAAAAGACCCUGUUCUAGAUGGCCAUGAAUAGCAAAGUCACACAUUUUAUGGAUUUCCUGGCAGAGAUGAGUUAUCUGUGAUAAUACUAAAUAGAGGCAAUGCUAACUCACUCCAUUAAAUGUCAGGUCUGUUGUCUGUUUUUAUAGCACUGAUGGUACUGUUUUAUUUAUUACCUAAUAGACUACAACACUCACAUCUGGUUUUCCUCAAGGGAAUGGUAUUUGCUUUAGGUUGAAGGAUAGUUUAAUCUAUUUGGUACUGUCCAGAAUAUUGUUAAACUAUAAUUUCCUGGGUUGCAUUUUAGAUGGGUUGUGUGCAUGGUGGUAAAAUAAGCAUUUUCCUCUUGCCUACAUCAUUUGGAAGGUUCUUUAUCAUUUAUAAACUCUUUAGGUAUGUCUUAUUCUUGGAUCAGAACCUGGCGUGCAGCUCUAGACUAUUUCUGUGAGCACGAAGGCAGACUGGAGAUGUGAUGGGAGUGGGGCUCAGAAACAGGGCUUGAGGCUCAAGCAGAAAGUGAAGCUCUCAUUCAUGGAAUGAAGGUGCUCUGUGCACUGUGUGAUCAGCAGUGAGGAGGGGAGGAAGGAAACCCUUCCCAUCACAAAGGACGCUGCAGCUUGAAGGAAUCCGUGUCCCCAGGUUAACAGCCCUGGGGUUCAUCUACUCAAACCAGAAGACUUCUGAACUUCCUUGAUCAGAUCCAGGCUUCACAGCUUGGGAGAAGUGACCAGUAAGAAAAUGCCACUGCUCUGCUUUCUGUUGGAAACUAUUAGGAAUUACGCUUGAACUCCAAAUCCCACUGGAACGUGGAAUCCAGCAGCCAGGCCAAGCUGUGUGUUAUUCUCAUGUACAUCCUUACACAUCAGGACUGGCUUUGUGAGGAGGCACUGUUGGGAUUCCAGGGCUUUGUAUUACGAAUGGCCACACAUGUGAGUUCAUCGUCUGCAUGCAAUGUUCCUCACAGGAGCUAGCACUUACUUAGUAUUUAUUUUGGAUUUAUUUAAGGUGUAAGCUUAGUGUCCUAAUAUGUUUAUUUUCGGAAAGGGCCAAGUUACUAUACAUCUAAUUUUUUGAGCCUGCAUUAUUGAUACCUCGUGCAGUGACCACCAAGUAACUAUAUACUCAUGUGUUAGAUAUUGAUUACAUCAUUUACAUCACAUUCAGUAUUUGGAAUUAAAGAUGUGAAUGUUCUGUGACCAGAGCCAGGUUUGACACAGAUGGAAUCAGCUCCUGGUGGAGUAAGACUCCUGAAAAAAUCUGGUCACCUGAUCCACUGCAUCUGGAUUGAGUGUAUUUUACCAGAGAAAGAAAUUAAAUGAUUUUAUAUAAAAAGAA